AUGCCAUUACCUUCUCUCAGUGGCUACACUACUGUAUCGGAUUCUUGCGAUGAGGAGAACCAGUCGAAGAAAAUCCCUUGGUCACUUCGGGAACUCCGGACAUUCCAGAAUCGACUGGAGCAGCGACUAGAACAUGUCGAACAACAGCAACAGUAUAACACAACCAUGCUACAGGAGAUACUAAGAAAAUUAGAUGAUAUGUCAGAACAUGGAGUAGAUGAACUGAAGCAUGUGGUAGACAAGCUAUUGGAGGACUCGGAGACACAAAACACAUUCAUUCAAAGCAACUACUUGGAGUCCUCAAGAGUGUCCCGCCGUCCUCGAAUCAAGCCGACCUUUGCUACGCCAUCACCAUCAUCACCACCUGAACCAUGGAAAUACAACACACUGAGGCUCCUCCCUUCAUCACCCAUAUGA